AUGACCAUACACUCCAAUGUCGACUUCAAUGGGGAGAUGGUCGAGGAUAGACAGGGUCCCCGGGGAAGGGCUUGCCCUAAUUACGUACCCGAAUGGGAAAUCAUUCAAGUUGAGGGAGAGUGGUACCAUUUAGACGGGAUGAAACUCGACCCAGAAAUUGAAUUUAUGCCUAAUUCCGAAUUCGAGGAGGAAGAACGGCUGGUCCCAUAUUCCCUACUGACUUGGCGGGAUAAGCCGUGGAUUUCUACUCAUCUGUCCGGACUGAACGAUCAGCGCGAGUAUCUGACCAUUCGUUUCAUUCGAGGUCAUUCUCUGACCACUUUAAAGCGACAUAAGCUCUAUUUGAGUUACUACAGAAGCACGGCGGGGAUUUCGAAGUCAAUGAUGCCGCGAUUAAGCCCAUUAACAGCAGCGAGAACUGAGGGAGCCACGCGUAUUAAGCGAAGCCGCUCUCUAUGCGGAAGAGUUUGCACAGUGAUUUCUGGGACCUUCAUAUUGAUUGCAGAGGCCGUAGCGAGGCUGCAAACCGUUUCGAAUCGGAAUGGGGUUCUGUUUAGACUUGGUCCCGACAAGAGGUGGCUAGUGUUUAGUGCCUGGAAAUCUGGCAGGCUGUACGGUGCGACUGAUGGCGCCUAUCUGGAAGAAGUAGCCUUCACAAUGUCCUUUUACCCGCCGAAUGCCAUCCUCCAGGAUGGUUCAAACGAACUUUCGACCGCUGCAAGCUAUUUUCGUUUUGGCUCCCCCUGUUUUGAUGCGGUUGACAUUCACAAUGAGUCUCAACCGGCGCUGGAAUAUGGGGGACACUUAGCACCGCUCCGACUGAUUACAGUAGCUCUUAAGGAUGCUGCACAUUCCUGGGAAGGCAUUGCAGACCACCUUACUCUCCAUAUAAACCAGCGCGGGGCCAUUUUUGAUCCAGACCUGCACGAUCGACUGUUAUUUGACGACAAUAUUUUCUCACGGUCGCGGCUAUACUUCUGGGCCAUUGACAGCUUAGAACUAUUCAUUCCCAAUGGGAGAAUUUGGCACUCAAGACAUAUUUUGCUCCGGAUUACGAGGAAUGACGAUCGGCCUGGCGUAUCACACACGAUCGAUGGACUUCACUUUAAACUCUGUGUACAAAGGGUGGAGAAGCAAGCCUCAUGUUUAGUGGCGUUGAAGACUAGGUUAGAGCUAUUGCGAGAUCAAAUCAAGACCCUUCGAGAUGGUCUCUUCAAUGCCAAUGCGGUCAUUGAAUCCCGGAGCGCGACGGAACUGGGUCAGAAUGUGAAGCUGUCGACUUUCUGCGCGGCGGCCUGGGCCGUAGAUUAUAGUUCUGACACUGUAGUCUUUAUAGUGGUUACUGUCCUCCUGUCAACAGUAACUUAUCUGACAGUCUUGAAUGCCAACAAUCUUGCUCGACUCAGCAAGGGGCUCUACCGGCAGAGCUGCAAAGAUAUUCUGAGGUCUAUGAUGAAAGACGACGAAUGGGCCACGAUGGCAGGAAAAUUUGGUCGGUUUCAGCCGGAGCGAGAGGAUAAUACUCCCUUGCAGUGGUACAUUCUCAAAUUUCUAGUAUCGCAGAUGUGGAAACGGAUCACAGGGGCUCGGAUCAACUACGAAGCAGAUGUGCCUGAGUGGAACAAAGUGGUGUCGAACGGAAUUACAGCUAUUCCCAACUAG